AUGGAUAGUUAGCAACAAAUCGGAGAUUUAUUAACUCAUUACGAAGCUGAGCAUUUAAUAGAAAAGUUAUAAAUCGUUAACAUAGAAGAAUAUGGUAGUUAAAUCUGGUUCAAGCAAGACGAAAUUCUUCAAAGACUCAAUAUGCAAGCACAUGUCAAUGCAAUGGUAAAAAGUGAUGAGUUCAUUAUGGAUUCUUUAGUGACUUUUGAUAAAGUGAAGAUUUUGAUUUACGAUUUAAUAGAAACAGAAAUUUGGAAAUAGAAGGUAUUGCCUUUACUAAAAAAUCACAUGCUUAAAAUAAACACAUAUAGAAGCUAUAUUGCUGUUUAUCACGAAGCUGUAGUCUGUAAUUUGCUAGAAGUCAUUAUGUUCCAUAGAACCGCUGUCGACUCAGCUGAUGAAUUCCUUAUAGAAUUAAUUGAUUACUGCUAUAGAAAGCUUGUGCAUUUAACAAAAUUCCCUUAAACAAAGAAAGUAACCAAAAAGACAGUCGAAGACGUCUUAAAAAAGACAAGAAUUGAAGAGUAUUAGGAAUAAAUAGAUGAUAUUGAAUUUAAAAUCUGUAUGAUGUGUGUUUCUAUUAUUAGAUUUAUUUCUGACUAUGUAAAGCAUUUGCCAGUUAGUGUUGUUCAUCAUUUACUUGAAGUCAAUGAUAUCCUUUGCAUUUUAGUUCCAUUAAUUGAAGAUAAACCUUGGCUACGUUAAACAUCAGAAGGUGAAAGAGAAAAAUAUGAAAAUAGCAAAUGGUAAAUAGUUGAAAAAUCUGAAUACAGCAAAAUUGUAAAGCUUGAAGCUAAUGUUUGGAUUACAAUUUAUAAUUUAUUUAUGGAUCCUGAAUGUCGCAAAAAAUACGAAUUAAAUGAGUUUAGAAAAUCUAACUUAUUAAGAUUAAGAAAAUACAUGAAUGAAAUUUUGUUAGAUUAGAUUCCCAAUUUAUCUCAUAUGCUCAGAACACUUGAAGAGCUUUCAAUUAUGAAUGUAUAGAGUGUUCCAAAGUCUAACCCUUUUAUAGUGCAGUAAAUUCCUGAAAUUAGGGAAAAUAUUAUCAAAGGCAAGAAUUGGAAUGAUAUAGCAGAAAAAUAAAAAAAUGAGUACUUUGUAAAUGAUAAAGAGACAGCUAAGUAAGAUAUGUAGAGAUUAGCUGAUUUAUAUGGUUAGAAUAUUAUUGAUGGAUUAAUGGAAGGAUUUAAAUGUGAACUUUGUAAAAAAGAAGCAACUAAAAGAUGUUCUUAAUGUAAGACUGUUUGGUACUGCACAAGAGAAUGUCAAGUAGCUCAUUGGAAGGAUCACAAGAUUGCUUGCAAAAAAAUUGUUGAAGAAAAUAAAGAAAAAGAAUAAAGAAAAAAAGAAAUGAUAAGUGAUUUAGGAAAAGAAAAUGUACCAGUUGAUAAUUUAUUAAAUAAUAAUACUGAAAAGCAAAUUUUAGUAACUGAAAUUGAAUAAAAACCUUAAUUCAAAUAAAAUGAUGCUCAAUUAGAAUAGUAAUAAUAAUAACAAUAAAAUUAGAACUUGGAUGAAUUAGAUUGA